AGCAGUUGUAGGCUAUUACAAGAAACUCACCUUAUCCCAGGAUCAACCCAAAGGCACCUCUUGGACUACCAUGGACUAACAUAAGACUUUGUUGGUUUGAACAUUUUGUUGUUGACAGUGUUACAACUGAUGUGUGUUGGACUCUGGAAUGAGAAGGCCAAAGGGGGCUGGUCAGGACAGGCUGCUUGUCUUUCCCAUCAUGCAACUCUCCCGCACACAGUGACCAUUCCAUACAUCAAGAGAGCACAAGCAUGGCAUCAUCAAACUCCUCCCCUUUUACUGCCACUUUACACACAACUACACACACACACACACACACACACACACACACACCCUUUGCUGUUGAACAAUACACUCUUUCUGAACACAUCCCCAGUCACAGGACACACUGGCUGCAAAUACACACUCGAAAAGACACAUCGCCGCUGCCAACACACUCUUUACUGUGACUUGUCACACACACACUCACACUGCUGCCGCUAUACUUGCAAACAAGAGGACAAACUUUUUGGGGUUUUAUACCACAACACAAACAAACAAACACACACACAGAAAGAAAAAAAACUUUUCUCAAAACUGGACUGUUUUUGUAAAUGCCUGCAGGUUGAACACUCCACACCGCACCACCGGCCUCUCAGGCGGGCCUUUCUCACGGGCCUGAAAGGGUUAAAAAAAAAAGCUGCUUGUGGUCGGCUGUGAUGUAGCAUCAUGUUUAUAAACUCGACUCAACUCGGUUCACCAUUCCCAUGGGGUGGGGGGUGGGGGGGGUCCCAGGUACGCGGCUUAGCAAAAAACAACUUGGGUACGUUUACUCGGAGUGAGUGGAUGGAUUCCGUCUGCAAAACAAAGCCAUGGUUGGGACUCUUCUGCUGGGACGUCUUGCACAGAGUUCAUUUAUCCAAGUUCUUCACUAAACCACGUUCUAAGGAAAACCCUCAAGUGGCAAAUGGUUCUAGCCCCCCCUCCGGGCCUGGUCUGGCCUGGAUAUCCGGACCAGUUUCAGUCUGCAGUCAGGUCUAAGGGGGGGAUCCCAAAAACAGAGGUAGCCCCCUUCUAAGUGUGUGUGUCAAAAGUAUACCUGUGAUCAUAUCGUUAAAAAAAAAAAAAUGUAUCUGUUAAUCCUACUCUGCAUUCGUACUCAUGCAUUUGUAACUGUAAAUGCAUCGCAUGCGCCAUCCGAGGAGUGUAGUUGAGUCAGGCCAAAUGUGUAUGUGUUAUGGCUUUCAGUUAACAGUAAUAAGACAGACACACAAACAUACACAAUCUUAAAAAUUACCAUAUUUUCUUAUACAUUCAAAAGUAUACGGCAUGUAUGGGAAAAAAAUGUCAACUAUGUAGAAAGACAUUUCAGAUGUUUUGCACCAGAUAUAGAUUAUACAUAAAUUAAAAUACAAUAGCAUUGUAAAAUGUAUGAAUGUACACUUGAAGAUAUGGAGGUGGUGAUAAUUUAGAUAUAUUUUCAGUAUGUACAUCUGACAUAUUUAUGUUUUAUUGCGGGGUGGGGUGGUAAGUGAUCUGAAAUCUACCUGUAUUUAACACAUCUGUACAUUUUUCAGUGUUACUUCUGGUUUGGCCGCAGAACCAGGGAACUCUGGGUCUGUUUUUAGUGUCGGGGACGUGACUGAUAAGAUCGACAACCAAGAACCACAGACUGGUGUGAACAAAGCGAAAAACAAAUGCCACUCACACAGUAUAUUGCCAUACUUGGGUGGGGGUACAGUACAUCAGCUGAUUUUAGUGAGUAAAUAAGCAACGACAAGUAGGGUUCCUAUUCAAUCUUGAGUUCACAGAGUGUAUUUAACUGUUUAGAUCUGUGCUUUCUGCCCUUUUGCUCCACCUCUCUCCUGGCUGUUGUCAAGUACCCUGCUCCAUCACCGGGUCUUUCUGUCAGACCUGCUCAGUUAUGUACUGUGGAUUAAAACAGUUGAACAGCGA